AUGGGGUUCCCCAUUAUUGGUGAGACCCUCCAAUACAUGAAAGUCAGCCCUUCUAUUGACAUCCCGAGCUUCUUCCGCCAACGACUGAAGAGGUACGGCCCCAUGUUCAAGACCUGUCUGGCAGGGCAGCCUAUGGUCGUUUCCCUUGAUCCAGAGUUCAACCGGUUCAUCUUUCAGCAAGAGGGCAAGUUGUUCAGACUUUGGUACCCGCAGACAACAAACACCAUAUUCGGCAAGAAGAGCAUGACCACAUUCACAGGCCCCGUGCACAAGUUCUUCCGCAGCUUUGCGUCCAAUUUUUUUGGCCAUGAAGUCCUCAAGGAAUCUCUCAUCCGAGAGCUAGAGGAUGCCAUGAAGCAGGGCUUCGCAGCAUGGGCCGCCAAGCCUAGCGUCGAGGUGAAAGAUGCCAUUGGAGAGAUGAUAUUUGAUCUUGCGGCCAAGAAGAUCGUUGGCAUUGGUCCUGAGGAGUCAAAAGGGUUGAGGAAGAAUUUCGAAGACUUCUUCAAGGUGGUGCUCUGUUUCCCAAUAUACUUUCCUGGGACAACGUUUUACAAGUGCAUGAAGGGGAAGAGAAACGUGGCAAAGAAAUUGACUCAGCUCCUGAAACAUAGGCUAAGUACACCUGAGAAGAAACACGGAGACCUUAUUGACCACCUUGUUGAAGAACUACAAAGUGAAAAGCCACUGAUAGAUGAGAAUUUUGCUAUAAACGCACUGUCUGGGCUCUUGUUUGGUAGCUUUGUAACGAUAUCAGGAACCCUCACCGUAGGUCUUAAGUUGCUCAAAGGCAACCCUGAAGUUGUCGAAGCGCUCAAGGAGGAGCAUGAAGCAAUACUGAAGAAACGAGAAGACAGGAAUUCUGGGAUCACAUGGGAGGAGUACAAGUCCAUGACAUUCACUACUCAGGUUAUGAAUGAGAUUACACGGAUUAGUAAUAUUGCACCUGGAAUUUUCAGGAAAACUCUGACAGAUGUGCAAGUGAAUGGCUAUACAAUCCCUGCGGGGUGGCUAGUUAUGAUUAGCCCCAUGGUGGGUCAUCUAAACCCAACGUUGUUCGAGGAUCCACUCAAAUUCAAUCCAUGGAGGUGGACGGACAAGGAAAAGCAAAAGAUUCAGCAGAGGAAUUGGAUGCCAUUUGGAGAUGGCAUAAGGCUUUGUCUCGGGGCAGAGUUUGCAAAGCUUUUCAUUUCCCUUUUCCUCCAAGUUUUAGUGCCAAACUACAGAUGGAUUGAGAUAAAAGGAGGAGAAGUAGCACGCGUUGGGGAGAUGGUAAUUCCUGACGGCUAUCAUAUCCAACUCGUUCCUAUGACCUAA